GACUAGGAGCUAAAGCCUAAUUUUCGGAGUUAAUAGAAAAAUAAAGAGCUAAAUCUAGUUGCAAAAGCCACAAAAUUGUCCUUUUUUUAUUGCGGCGACUGUGCUUGCACAAAUUACUUAAAUUCCACUGCGUUUUAGGACUACUCUCCAAUAGAAUGUACCUAACGGCCGCUAGAUAGCGCAGCGGGCAAUCAGCUGUGAACGACGUGUCAAAUGAUUGUUUUCUUUUCACAAAACAUUUGGUGAUAAUUGAUAAUUUCAGUAUUAUUAUUGAGAUAAAUACAUGAAUAAAGGCGAAAUGGAUGCCGCCAACUUACUUAAUCUCGAUGUAGACACGUUAUUUGAACAGCACAGCGUCCCGGAAAUCGAUGUCGUUCACAAGAAAAUCCAGUCGGUAGUAGAAAACAAACGCGAGGAGCUGCGCCUAAUGGUUGGUGAACGUUACCGCGAUUUGCUACAGGCUGCGGAUACCAUUGUAGCUAUGAAAGAUUCCUCGGCGAAACUCAUCGAACAGGUUGAGUCCAUUACGAAAAAUUGCCGCAAGCUAAAUGAACAACAGUUGUUGGGUUUUAAAACUAGUGAAUCGGAAGAUUUACUACGAAAUCGAAAUGCAAAUAAACAAUUAAAUCAUUACUUCAGUACAAUGGUGCAGAUUAAGCUUCUGACUGCUUUGCCGGAAUUAAUUUGGACGAACAUUGACGAAGAGCGUUUCUAUACUGCUAGCGAAUUGUUCAUAUUUAGCAGGCAUAUAAGCACAGGACUGCAGUUGGAUGCAAAUAACGCACUGAUACAACAUCUUCCUGUGGCCAAAAAACAAUGGGAAAUAUUAAAACCCUUCAAUGUGACCAUAAAACAACAUGCUUUGGCUGCAUUAGAGCGUGAAGAUCUAAGCGUCGAUGUGGCAGUAGAUUGUUUACUCAGCUUAUUGUCGCUAGAUAAGAAUACAAUAAACAGUGUUUUCAAAACGUUUCUAAGUCUUCGUUGUACCGCGUUUGUAAGUUGCCUCAGCGAAGAUAAUCCUGGUGCUAAUGAACAGCGUAGGCGUGUAAAAGACCGAAUUUUAGCAAGCCUGCGGAUACUAAAUGGCACGGUGGAUCUUAUGUCGAAAUGCUUCAUAGACGACGGUUUGUUGUUGCAAAAACUGGCUGAACUCAGCGACGCUAACGCACCACCCACAUUAAAUUUAAUGCAUCGUACCGAUGCACAGUUUUCGUAUUUAUUACCGGAAAUCAUUUCAAAUUUUCGCCCAAAAAUCGGAACGCAAUCUCUAGACGUAAUACAGAUCCGUUCCACACUUGAGCAAUGGCUUUCAGAUACCCGCCAAAUUGCUGGCACUCAACUUAAGCAACUUUUUGAUUUCGUAUCAACAAUGAGCACCAUCAAAGAACUAAAAACAGAAGCCAAUGCUUACAGAAAACAUUUAAACUUCGAUCAACUAGUAAAAAAACUACAACUCUCACAUUCCCUGGAUUUUUUCGAAAUAAAUUACAUACCACUUAUUAACCAACGCAUCCAUGACAUUAUCCACGACAGCUGGCAGAAAGCUAUGCAAACAACAUUCGAUGCAAUAGAACAUGCAUUGCCAGAUGUUAGUGUGAACUCUUGGGAUAUUUGGUCUGAAAGUGUAAGUGACUUGCCGUGCAGCUUGGAGGUUGCCUUAAGUGAUGAUCUCAAAGUAAGGAAUUUGUUAAUGAAGACAAGAGGCUACGACGCUGCGACCAUUGCACUAUGCUCUGAAUUUGACCGACAACUCGAAGGCAUCGUCUCAGAGAUGAAUGUUUUGCUUGAAGAGCAAGCAACUCGUGCGGAAGACAAACUUGCACUAAUAGUAUUCCUGCGAGAGACAGCUGAAACGCAGUUAACACAUUUCCUUAGUCGGACAAAGAGCCUGCACCUAGCUUCGAUGCAGCGUUGCGAGCUUUUAUUUGUGGCCAGGUGCUGCAUCGCAUUGGUUGAACUCUGCCCCAACUUAAAAGUAUGCUUCUGCCAAAGAAGCGGCUGGCGGCAGUGGGUAGGUAAUGUUGCUGCGAAUAGCGUGGAACACUGGAGUCGAGUGUGUAUGUUACUGGAGGAGGAAACAUUUAUUUUUUGGCAACAACUAGUGGAAGGUAUACUGGAAGAGAACCACUGUAAAAAGAUGCUUACAAGUGUCAUCACUAACGACAAUAUUCUAGAAGAGUUCGCGAAUUGGGAAACCGUUAAACUAGAGCAAAAAGAUGAGCAGGAUGCUACCAUACAUUCGACUUUUCGCAUUCCCAACCAGCCACGUAUAUCACUACAAGCGUAUCUUUUUACAUUAGUGCGCGCGUUGAAUUUAAUCGUGCCACAAACCUUGCCCUCAAAAGUGCUACAUUACUGUAAUCAAAAGCUUCUAUCCCAAAUACUGGAACAAUAUCAAAGCAAUGCCAAGGACAAAGCGGUGAGCAGUCAAAGUAUCGCCUUACAACUGUAUUUCGAUUUGAAAUUUCUACAAUGUAUGUUUGGUAUCACGCGAGACGAUCGUUCAUUGAACGAACAAUUCGGUGCUUUACAAAGUACCUUCAAAGAUCUUAUUGACCCCUUCGAUUUUGAGUUAUUUACUGAACACAUUUCAACUAAUGUCAAGCGAUCUGUAGCUCGGUUAAAUUUUCAAUUUGGUGUUCUGACGCCACCGUUGUCAGCGCACAUGGCUCCUGCUGCGUCCAUGCUGUUGGGACAGGAGAAGGAUCCAAAUGUUUUGAGUUUAAGUUCAAACGGGUCAACAUCGUUGUGGUUCCCUCUGCUACCAAUUGUCACUCCGACACCUGCUGCCAAUCCAGAGCAAAGUAACGCAAUUUCGGUGGAUGCUGAAAAGAAUACGCCUACUCGUAAAGUAACUGCGUCAACAUCAUUAGCGAACACUGGAACAAAAGGGAAAGUUGAUUCCAAAACGAAAUCCGGUGCUGCCUCCUUCUUUGGCGCCAUGUCACAGGAUUGGUUUCGAUAGUAAGACGACCUUUAAGGUGGUUACGUUAAUUGGAAUGAAGUAUUCAUAAAUAGACCCGCAUAUAUUACAUAUGUAUGUAUUAUAGCAUACAGAUAUGUACACACAUUAGUACAUAAGUUUAGUCUGUAAGUACGCAGAUGGGAGAGAGCUACUCCAAUCAAUUAUAUGGGGAUUUUUCGUAUACAUACAUACAUAAUUAAUUACUUAUAAGGCAGCCGCAUGUUUUAGUUUGAGUGAGUUGUUAAGCUAAAUCUACUUUGUUAACGUUGCACACUUCACUGAAAAAUGUAUUGGAAAACUGGAAUAGAAAAUAAAUACCACAGCUGUUUACAA